AUGGCCACCGAAAAGGCUACUCCGCCAGUCGCUGCCCCGCCGCGACCGGCGACAUUAGGUGACGUUAAGGUGCCCAUGCGCGACGGCGUCCACCUCGCAACAGACAUCUGGCUUCCCUCAAAGACACCCGCCCCAGUACUCCUAGUGCGCCUCCCAUACAACAAAAGUGCGAUCCCAGAGAUGCCCAUGGUCCCCACAAAGGCGCAGAUCGCCGACGCCGGAUACGGGUUGAUCUGGCAGGACGUGCGAGCACGAUACCGGUCAGGGGGAGAAAACUUUGAGCCCUUUGUGGCUGAAGCGCAGGAUGGCGAGGACACGAUUGCGUGGAUCCGCGAGCAGGAGUGGUCGGACGGCCGGGUUGGUAUGUUCGGCCCCUCGUACAUGGGCUGUGUGCAGUGGCUUGCGGCAUCGAGGGCGCCCAAGGGCCUCCUUGCGAUCGCUCCACACGUGGCGUCGAGCGAUGUCUACCGCGCGCCGUGGUACAGUCAGGGCGGCGCCAUGUCCUGGCACACUGUGCACUCGUGGUCGAUGGCGAAUGCGAAACCGGACCCGAACAUUCCGAUCGUGGUCAUGCUGCAGCAACAACAGGAGGCGGUGCAGUUGCUGGACAAGCUGCCCAUGUCCGACCGCGAGACCCUGCACAGGCACGCGGCGUGGUGGAAGAACUGGAUGAGCCAUACCUCGCGCGACGAAUCCUGGCGGGACCUGGCCGUCGCCGAGCACCCCGAGGUCAUCAACACCCCUGCGCUCAAUGUCGGCGGGUGGUUCGACCUGUUCGUCCACGAGACCGUCCGGGCGUUCCGGCUGAUGCGGUCUUCGGCGCGCACGGAGACCGCGCGCCGCGGGCAGUAUUUGUUCAUCGGGCCCUGGGACCAUUACGCCCGGACUGGCAUGUAUCCAGACCUUGAGUUCGGCCCCGACUCACCGGACACGGCGUCGGGGAUCCAGCAGCUGCACAUGGAGUUUUUCGACAAGUAUCUUCGCGGGAACGAGGCUGCACUGGACAAGCGACUGCCCGUGCACAUCUUCGUCAUGGGGAGGAACGUCUGGCGCAGCGAGACAGACUGGCCGUUGCAGGACACCGAGUACACCGACUUCUACCUCGACAGUGGUGGCAAUGCGGCGACGCGCUCAGGCGACGGUGUGCUGCGCGCCGAGCUUCCGAACAAGUCCAUCGCGGACAGAGAAUGCGGACCGCGCGACCAAUCCGCGGUCGAAGACCGCCCCGACGUCCUCUGCUUCACAACACAGCCCCUCGACACGCCAGUCGAGGUCACCGGCCACAUAAGCCUGGUCCUCUACAUCACCUCCUCCGCCAUGGACACCGACUUCACCGGCAAGCUGGUGGACGUGCACCCGGACGGCCGGGCAACGUACCUAACUGACGGGGUCCUCCGAGCACGAUACAGAAACUCGCUCGCGACACCCGAGAUGCUCGUCCCUGGAAAGGUGUACAAGUUGCGCCUCGACCUUUCCGUCACGUCGAAUGUUUUCCUUGCGGGGCAUAGAAUCCGCCUCGAGGUUUCGAGCAGUAAUUACCCGCGGUAUGACCGGAACUCGAAUACUGGGGGGGAUAUUGUGAAUGAGACGGAAUUUACCGUCGCGGAGAAUCGAGUUCUGCAUGGGGCUGAGCAUCCCAGUAAGCUGGUCCUUCCGGUCAUUCGUCGCUAG